UGUGAGCUGUUAAUGACUUUAGCAAAGUGGUAAAGAUUCAUGACCUCUCUCUGUUGCUGCAUAGAAAUCAGCAAGCCAUGGAAAACCAGCUAAUACAUCCAGCUAUUUAGGUGACUCUUUAUGUUGCCUGAGCAUAGAAGUCUGCAUGUGAGGCUCCACCAGUUCCUGGAAGCAGAGCUUCUUUCUGGCUUGCCUCUCUUUUUCGCUGCGAAUGUUCCUACCGAAAAUCAGUUGUGAGUCUGGAGAGAUCAAGGACGACACUUCCGACGCUUUCAUCAGGGUUUCCUCUCUGAUACAUGAAGCAAUGAAGAGCAAUGCAGACAACCCAAAUCUGACACUGAAUCAGAAUGUUGAAGAGUCAUGACUGAAACAGCAGCUUGCGUUGACUCGUUUACUGCUGUUAAGGCCCUCUGGGAAGUCAGAAUCCAAAAAAUAAAUGCAGAACUCCGGAAGGAAAGGGAAUUCAGACAGAGAGCUACAGGGAGGCUGACGCUUGUUUGGGAAGAGAGAGUCAGUCUGACCAAGCUUAAAGAAAAAGUGAUCACUGAAGAUGGAAGGGUUAUAUUAAAGAUUGAACAUGAAGAAUGGAAGACGCUACCUUCUUGCUUACUGAAACUGAACCACCUCCAGGAAUGGCAGCUUCACAGAACUGGUUUGGUAAAAAUUCCUGAAUUCAUUGGCCGCUUUCAAAAUCUCAUUGUGCUAGAUCUGUCUCGAAAUUCCAUUGUGGAGCUGCCUAAGCAGAUUGGUCAAUUGUCAAAUCUCCAAGAGCUGAACGUCAGUUAUAAUAAAAUUAAAACCAUUCCUAAGGAGCUAAGCAAUUGUGUCAGUUUAGAAAGACUGGAGCUGGCAGUUAACAGAGACAUCUGUGAGCUUCCCUACCAGCUCAGCAGCCUGAAAAAGCUUUAUCACAUAGAUCUGAGUAUGAACCAGUUUACCGCCUUCCCAUCAGUCAUCCUGGAGAUGCCAAAUCUGGAAUGGUUAGACAUGGGGAGCAACAAACUGAAGGAAAUCCCUGGCAACAUUGACAGAAUGGAAAACCUACAUACUUUGUGGCUCCAACGGAAUGAAAUAACUAAUUUGCCAGAAGCCAUUUGCAACCUAACAAACCUAAGUACCCUUGUCCUCAGCAAUAACAAACUUCAGGAUAUUCCUGUUUGCAUGAAAGACAUGACGAACCUGAGAUUUGUCAACUUCAGAGACAAUCCACUGAAGCUUCAGAUUACACUCCCUCCGUGUGAGAAUGAGGAAGAGGAGGAAGAACGAGAAUUGUAUGGAAUUCAGUUCAUGCAUGCAUACAUUGAGGAACUGCUCAGCAGAAAAGAAAACACUAUUGCUGCCAUCAAUAAUAAUUGAAAAUAAUAUCCGCCAAUCUGCUUUUACUACUACUAGGAAGUAACGAAGAGCACUCAUAUCCACUGUGACAAAAAUGUUGUGAUAUUCUCUCACUGCGGGACAAAGGCCGUGGUGUUUUGUUCUUUUGGUUCAAAGGAGACUGUAGAAGCCAAUGUUGAUUGGUAAGCUCAAUAUAGGAUGUUAUCAAAUCUAAAAAAAUUCUCCACAGCACAUGUCCAAUCAUACUAAAAUGCUC